AAAGAAGGGCGGGGCCAGUUGCGUUCUCCCAUGGUUGGAACAAUGAUUCCAUCUCUCGUCCUUUUUGGCACAUUAAAGCUUUCUGUUUCCACUUUCACGGCAGCUCAAUGACGCCACCAUAGCUACCUAAUGAACGUCCGGCCACAGCCCGCUGCACCUUAAAUUAUUUGAAAGAGGGAUUGAAUUGGGGGAAGAUCGAUGCGGCUGCGGCGGCAUAUGAAGCCGGCAACGGCGGCUGCGGCGGCUCUGUUGAUUCUCAUCGGAUUUGCAACGAAGCCCACCAAGUGCCAGACAGUAGCCAAGCCAGGCUGCCGCGACAAGUGCGGAGAAGUGGAGAUACACUACCCGUUCGGCGUGGGGGACGAGAGAUGCUUCCUGGACCCCGGAUUCAAUCUCACCUGCGACAAAGAUUCCAAGCUCUGGACCACCCAGUUCAAGAACGGAGAGUCCGGGGACGACGAUCAGUCCCAAAUCACCCGAAUCGACCCCGCGAUGGGGACGAUGGAGAUCUUGAUGCCCUUGUCCCGCCGCUGUUUCAACAAACACGGCGAAGAAACAUACAACCAGACCUACAAGGUGGGAGUGGAGCCGCAGACUUUCACCGUCUCCAGCAGGGCGAACAAGUUCUUCGCCGUCGGCUGCAACACGUACGCCUUGCUGCUCGCCAACAAAGUCCCCAAGGACUCCAACAUCCCAAGUUACGAUUACAAGUACGGGACGGGGUGCAUUUCCAGAUGCGUGUAUGAAAAACCCGAAGAGAGUGAGAUCAAGGAAUGUUUGGGAAUCGGGUGCUGCGAUCUCACCGUUCCCGGGGGCAUGAGGGAAAUCAAGACCGAAGCCUUCAUUAUCCCCUACAAAGAAGACAUGAAACGAGUGUGGAACUACAGCAACUGCAGCUACUCUUUUGUGUCCAAAAUUGGGUGGCUGACAAACCAUUCGUUUUCUGAUCUUACUAGCCCGCCUUUUAAUUCCUCACUUUUGGUCAUAGACUGGGAGGUUGGGAACAAGAAUCAGUGUGGUGGUGACGAUGAUCCUCACCCUCACAAUAUUAAUAUAUGCAGCGGCGUCAAUAAUGCAGAGUGCGACAACACAAGCACCAAAUAUGGGUACCGCUGUAAAUGCAAAGAUGGCUAUGUAGGAAAUCCAUACCUUGGUUGCCAAAAUAAAAAUGAAUGCAAAGAAGGAGGUAAUAAUAGCCCUUGCCAUGGAAACGCGACAUGCAAGGACCUUCCGGGAAGCUACACCUGCACGUGUAAGAAAGGAUUUGAAGGAGACGGGAAGAAAGAUGGAAAUGGGUGUGUCCAAAAAUCUGGUGGCAGUACUACUUUGCUGGUCGUUUUAUUGAGUGCGAGUUUGAGUGUGACAACAUUGCUCCUGUUUAGCUUGUACAUAUACCGGAGAUCGAGGAAAAGGAUGUUAAUCAAGCUCAAAGAACAAUUCUUCGAACAAAACGGCGGUAUAUUGCUACAGCAACAACUGGAGGGCGGAAAUGGGGGCAGAAUGAAGAUCUACACAUUGAAAGACCUUAAAAAGGCCACCAACAACUUUGACCAAAAGCUCAUCUUAGGCCAAGGGGGUUAUGGGACAGUUUACAAAGGAGUGUUGGAAGACUCGUCAGUUGUGGCUAUCAAGAAGUCCAAGAUUUGUGACCAGAGCCAAGUGCAGCAGUUCAUCCACGAGGUUGUCGUCCUCUCCCAAAUCAACCACAGGAACGUCGUCAAGCUCUUUGGCUGUUGCUUGGAGACGCAGGUCCCCAUGCUCGUUUACGAGUUCAUCACCAACGGCACGCUCUCCGACCACCUCCACCGCGACGACGGGUCUCCGAAGAUGCCGUUCGCGGCGCGCUUGAGAGUGGCCUCAGAGUCCGCAGGGGCGCUUUCGUACUUACACUUCGCCGCGUCCUUGCCGAUCAUCCACAGAGACAUCAAGACGUCGAACAUACUCCUGGACGAAAGGUUGACCGCGAAAGUCUCCGACUUUGGGGCCUCGCGGCUCGUCCCUCUGGAUCAGACCCGGGUAACGACUCUGGUCCAGGGGACGUUCGGGUAUCUGGACCCGGAAUACUUUUACACCGGGGAGCUGACCGAGAAGAGCGACGUGUACAGCUUCGGGGUGGUUCUCGCGGAGCUGCUGAUGGGCGAGAAGGCGGUUUCUUUUUCGAGGGCGGAAGAGGACAGGAACUUGUGUGCCUAUUUCGUCUCUGCUUUGAACGAUGGGAGACUGGGUCAAGUUUUGGACAGUCACAUUGUCAAUAAUGGGGCAGUAAUGUUUGAGCAUUUACUGGAAGUUGCAGAGAUUGCGAGGCGGUGUAUGAAUGCGAAGAGGGACGACAGGCCGACCAUGAAAGAAGUGGCUAUGGAGUUGGAGCGGUUGAGGGAUCGAGUUGAUGAGAAGGACGACGACCAGCAGCCAUGGGGAGGAUCUGGAGAAGAAGAUGAAAUGUGUUCUGAUGAGAUGCCGGGGGAGAAAUCAGUGAUCAUGUCUUCCCAGGUUGUUGACGGUGGAGAUUCAUCCAUGUCCAUGUCCAUUGUUAGUGGUGAAUCUAGUGGGAACAUGGACACGAAUUCCAUUCUCAUGUCGUUGCGAGGUGGAAGAUGAUGAUAUGGCUUUUUAUAUUUAUUUUGUUGUUGUAUUAAUUAAUGAUUUCAUUGAUGUGGACUGUGGACUGGCUAAUGUAAUGUUAAAGCACAAUUUUCCGGAGACUUUGUUUACUCCCCACGUAAAUGAAGUUAUCGUUGUGCGUUGUAAUGUUUGACUUAAAUAAACGUCCGUCUGACCAAGUGGGUUUUAGAUGCAUUUUGAAGAUGGAACGUCCAUAUACUCUAGUUCGAUAGGAUUGUGACAGAAUAAAUGAUACUGUAAUCU